AAUAUAGCAGAAGCGUUCGAGGGGCGCGGAGUAUGGAAAAACGCUGGGAGACGCUGUCUGAAAGGGGCAGAAGUUAAGAAACACCUGGAGGGGAGUUUAAAAUCGGGCAUCUUGCCGGGAACCCAGGCUGGCAUUCACACACGAGAUGCGCGUGAAAUCAGCCCCCCCAAAAAGUCCGUGCAAAAGGAAGGAAGGAAGGAAGGAAGGAAGGAAGAGAAAGAAAGAAAGAAAGAAAGAGUGAAUUUUAAUUUCCGCCUUUGGAUACGACUGGCCGGAUCUUCUGAACUACAACUCCCGGCAUGAAAGAAAGAAAGAAAGAAAGAAAGAAAGAAAGAAAGAAAGAAAGAAAGAAAGAAAGAAAGAAAGAAAGAAAGAAAGAGUGAAUUUUAAUUUCCGCCUUUGGAUACGACUGGCCGGAUCUUCUGAACUACAACUCCCGGCAUGAAAGAAAGAAAGAAAGAAAGAAAGAAAGAAAGAAAGAAAGAAAGAAAGAAAGAAAGAAAGGGAGUGAAUUUUAAUUUCCGCCUUUGGAUACGACUGGCCGGAUCUUCUGAACUACAACUCCCGGCAUGCCUCCUUAAUGCCGCCGCCCCCCCCUUCCCCCCCAAACAUUGCGGAAGGCUCCUCCGACCAGCGGCUGGGAGAGCUCCUCCCCCGGCUGCGCCCGAUCCGAGCGCUCCCCUCGCCCGCGCAAAAGCUGGGAUCGCCCGUGGCUCCUUGCCAGCCCCAACCACGCCUGCCCGGGUGGCCGCGAGGCUGCUGCCGACGCCCCCCUCCCCAAAUCCGAAGUCAAACCCUGCCCGGGUCCAGCCUAGCCGGGCUGGAGGAAGAGAAUUGCAGCGGGCGCCAGGUUGCAGAUCCUGGCCGCCGCCCGGGUCCCUAAAGAAGGCGAGGAGGUCGCUACGUCGGGCUGGGGGCGGCGGCUCCGGGUGGAGGUGGAGGCGGCCGAGGGGCGGGGACUGCCGGCUCCCUCGGCCUGUGCUUCCCGGGCGGCGGCGGCCCGGCUUCGGGGUGUCUUGCAGCCGGCGGUGGGCGCCCACCCGGCGCUUGACGCUUCCCAUGGAUACCAGCCCCCCGAUCCCAGAUCCCGGGGGUCCCCGAAGGGAUUUUACCACCUCGGCUUCUCAGCUGGGCCCUCCCUCCUUCGAAUGGCUGCUGGGGCGCCUCGGGGCCCGGGGCCAACGUCGGCAGCGCCUUCUCCUGGCUCUCAGCUGCCUUCCCUGCCUCCUUCUGGGCUUGGCCUUGGGCUCGGAUGCCCUCUUUGCUCUCACCCCUGCCCAGUGCCGGGACCCCAACGGCACUAAACUCCCCGAGAAUGCCACCUGUGACGGGCCCCACUGGCAGAGUGGGGGGUCCUCCAGACUCCCCGUCCUCACCAGCAACCCGGUGACCGAGUGGAACCUGGAUCGCUCUGGAAGUUGGGUCAUCCCUCUGGAGCAGAUCUGUUUCCUCCUCGGCUUUGCGGCAGGAGCUGUUUUCCUGGGUCACCUGGCUGACAGUGUAGGACGGCGAAGUACCUUCUUCCUGUCUCUGAUUCUUGGCUGUCCAGCAGGCAUCCUGGCAGCCUUUGCAGCUUCUCCCUCCAUCUUCAUACUGGGCCGGUGCCUCUGGGCUACCAUGUUGGGAGCUUUACAACUCGCCCUCUAUAUCACCCGUUUGGAGUUGUGUUGUCCUUCACAACGGCUCCCGAUGACCAUGGCGGGAGACCUCGUCCAGGUGGGAGGACAAUUCCUUCUGCUGGGACUGGCGUGGACCUGCGGCAGUUGGCGGGUGCUACAAGGCGUUAUCUCAGCCGGAAUGGGGCUUUGCCUACUCUAUGGCUGCCCUGGACUGUUCCCUGAAUCUCCCCGUUGGCUCCUGGCAACCCGUCGAACAGCUGAGGCCAAGAAGGUCUUGUUCGCCCUGUGCCAAGAUGGCAGCGCCCAGGAAUCCGAGACCCGAGAGGCGAUGGAGGAGCUGGACAACGCUUGUCACCUGCCUGCAGCUGCCCAGAUCUCACUCCGCACUCUCCUGUCCUGCAGGAACAUCUGGAAAAACAUUCUGAUCCUGGGUUUUACCACAUUCAUAGCCCACGCGAUCUGCCACUGUUACCAGCAGGCCUGGGAGUCCAUGGAGGACCCGCGCACCAAGUUCUACUUCCCCUUCCUGUUGUCAGCUGGCAGCGCCGGCCUCGGUUGCCUCUUUCUCUGCCUCACCGUCGGUCGGUAUGGACGGCGCGGGAUUCUGCUCCUCACCACCACCCUGACUGGCAUCGCCUCUCUGAUCCUGCUGGGGCUGGGAGAAUAUCUCAACAACGCGGCCCGAAGAACGUUUUCCAUUCUUGGUCUCUUCACCUCCCACGCGGCCGGCUCGCUCAGCGUCUUUUUCGCGGCAGAAGUCAUCCCCACUGUGAUCAGAGGGAAGGGGUUUGGCAUUAUCCUGGCCUUGGCGUCCCUCGGAGGGCUGAGCGCCCCCUUGCUGCGGGUGCGAGAGCAGCAUGGCUCCUUCCUCGAACACAUCGUCCUGGCCUCCCUCAACAUCCUGGCCCUGCUCUGCCUGCUGCUGCUGCCCGAGACCAAACGCAAACCCUUGCCCGAAGGCCUGCAGGACGGAGAACUUUAUCGGAGGCCUUCGCUGCUCCGGCGGGCCGGCGAGUCUGCGGGCCGGGACUCCGAGGGGGCGUCACGGCGAGACGACGUGCCGUUGCUUUCCACCCCGAAUCCUGCCAGCUGAUGUCACGGCGGGCUUGGUUUUGGCCUCAGUGUGGGUUUGCCAUCGUGGUUAGGGUGGGCUCGUCCAGUGAACGCAAGGGCCGAAGGGAGGCCGUGAGGGGGAAAAAAAUCAGAUUUUUGGCCUUUUUUCCUGCUUCUGAUGUCGCACUGAAGCAGCAGCGGCAACUCGUUGGGUAAACGGGCGGACUAAAUUUGCGGCCCUUGGGAACCAGGAUUCGUAGCUAGUUGCCCCAAAAUAGCCAGAGCAGUAUUUCUCGAUCUCAGGCACUUCAAGAUGUGUGGAUUUCAAUUCCCAGAAUUCCCCAGCCAGCGUUACUGGCUGAGGAAUUCUGGGAGUUGAUGUCCAGACAUCCAUACACCAUCCUUUAUUCCCAAAACAAGCUGAAAUUUGAAACGAAAGCUAAGCCAGACUUUCAAGGAUGAAGACGUUUUGCAAGACAGAAAGGAAAAAAAUCUGAAAAAUAUCUUCCCGGAUGAGAAUUUUUAACAGCCUUUCUACUUUUGGGCAACGGAAAGAUUUGGGGGUUUACAAAUGGGGUCAAAGUGUCGAAGGGCUUCGCUAGGAGGUCGGGCUGAUCCUCCGUUUUUUUUUUUAAAUCUUUCUUGGAUUUUUUGUUUUUAAAGUUCUUGGAGGCACAGUUUGGGGAGGUGGGAGAUAAUUCUGGUUUGUUUGUUUUUUCUCGUUUUAUCGAUGUAGCACAGGGGAAACUUAGGGCCCCGGAGUCAGUCUAUGGAUUGAGCUCCGAGGGCAGAAUCCAGAUUGUUCGACCUAUGCAUUCCUCUUGUUUUUAAUAAUUGUGUCUGUGACACGUAUCUCUUUCGCAAAGGGCUCGCUGCAUUCAGGACGUUGGAUCAGAGGUGAUGAAAUCCUAAAGUGGAAUCUUGGGAUUUAUUUCCAAGGUGUGGUUUUCCUUCCCUCCCCGAGAGAAACUGCUGAUUAGAUCAGACAAAGAUUAUUCUUCCUUGCUUUUUUAGGAAAACAGUGAGUUUGGUCUGGGCAUCAAAAAUGUCCGAUCAGCCCAUUCUUCACUAGGCCAAUUCUUCAUUUAAUGUCUGUGGAGAUUCUCAGUCAUCUAGGUCAAAGGUGCUUUUUUUCACCUGGACUUUCUUGUUUUUUUUGGAAAAUGUUUCGCUUCUCAUCCAAGAAGCUUCUUCGGCUCCGGCUGCACAGUGGGAAACGGGAGGGUUGAUAGUCCUUUGCAUUCCUCUGGUCAUUUGCAUUCUUUUAGAGAGUCGUUGAGGCCACUUGGAUGCCAACUCUGUCAAAAUUGAGCAGAAGGGGAGGGAUAUGCCAUCCUCUCUCUCCAGUCUACCCCACAAUCAGCAGCUCCAAGAAGGCUCCACCCCCACUUGCACCAUUCAGGCGACCCUGAGGACACAGAUCAACCUCCAAAUGGGCUCAACGACUCUCUAAAACAGUGGUUCUCAACCUUUUUAAUGCUG